UACACCGAAUGCAUAGUCCUCGCUCGAUCCAUGCAUGCGCAGAUGACAUUAUGUGUUGAGCGCCAUCUACGUUCUCUUUUAGCUUAUGCUAAUAUCCAAGAUGGUGAAAAAGGGAUCAGAGAAGAAGAAGGGGCGCUCUGCCCUCAACGAGGUUGUCACUCGUGACUACACCAUCCAUCUUCAUAAGCGCAUCCAUGGCGUGACUUUCAAGAGGAGAGCCCCACGUGCCAUCAAGGAAAUCCGUACCUUUGCCACCAAGAUGAUGGGUACAGAAGACAUCAGAAUUGACACCAGGCUCAACAAGCACAUCUGGUCUCAAGGCGUCAGGAGUGUUCCCUUCAGGGUGAGGGUAAGGCUUGCCAGGAAGAGGAAUGAAGAUGAGGAUUCCCCACACAAGCUAUACACCCUCGUCACACACGUACCUGUACCAUCAUUCAAAGGUCUACAGACAGUGAACGUGGACAACCAAGAUUAGAUAUUAAGAUCAGAGAAAUAAAAGAAGUCAUUCGCAUGUGUACAUGGUA